AUGUCAGGCGACAAGAAGGCUAUGCGAGAAAGCUCCCAAACAAAGAAACCACAAGCGGCUAGCAUGAAGCUCGAGGUGAAGACAUUCACAAGAAAGGAGAACUUUAAGCUAUUGCAAAGGAGCAUGAAUCAUGCUAUAGCCCAGCAAGGUCUAACCAUUAUCUUGGUAGGCGAGGCAAAAAGGCCGGAAAUCAUGACAAUGAAGAAGGGGGACAUGCCCGACGAGUUGGCUAUGGGGUCCAUCAAGGUGAUGGAUGACACCGUAAAGCACACAUUGGAAAAGCUCAAACGGAUGCUUGUGGCGAGAUCGCUAUCUAACAAAUGCUUCAUGAAGGAAGAGCUCCUAAAUAUUCGGAUGGAGGAGGGUGGAAAUCAUAUGGAGAAUCUUAGCACUUUUAAUAGGUGUAUUGUGGACUUGCAGAAGGUGGAUGUGGUUUAUAGCACAGAGGAUGCGGCGCUGAUGUUGUUGGCAUCUUUACCUCUAUCCUAUUAA